GUGUCCAUGAAGCAAGAUGGAGAGAAGAUAGUACAGUGACGUGUGGAGCUGUGGACAGAAUGGCUUUCCUGGACAACCCAACCAUUAUCCUUGCUCACAUUCGGCAGUCACACGUGACCAGUGAUGACACAGGGAUGUGUGAAAUGGUCCUGAUCGAUCAUGAUGUUGACCUGGAGAAGUUUAAUCCCUCGUCAGCAUAUGGGGAUAAUGGGUCAGAACCACAGGGAAGCAAUGGGGAGACUCAGGGCUAUGUAUAUUCCCAAUCAGUCGAUAUUACCUCAAGCUGGGACUUCGGAAUCAGAAGACGAUCAAACACAGCUCAGAGACUAGAACGUCUGCGGAAAGAGAGACAAAAUCAAAUAAAAUGCAAAAACGUUCAGUGGAAAGACAGAAACACUUCGUGCUCAGCAGAGGAGCUGAGCUCACUGUUCGAGAAGAAGAACUUCCGAGUGAGAUCCCCAUGCUCUGGGAAGCAGUCCAUCCUGUCAGUGCGCCUGGAGCAGUGUCCUCUGCAGCUCAACAACCCCUUCAACGAGUACUCCAAGUUUGACGGCAAG